AUGGAGAAGAGGGAACAAUUAGUCUUGACCUUCUAUAAUCCUAAGGUUCCCAAACUUAAGGGGAACCGGAACUACCAAAGGCCUACCCUCCCCAUCAACCAACAUCCGAGUGACUCGAUGCCACCCCAGAGGCAGCAGCAGCAUGUGGAUCAGAUACACAUCUACAUCCGAAUGUUCUGUGGCAGCCUGUGUGGUUUUGGUCUCCUAAUGCUGACCUGCACAUCCUCACUGAACUGGGUGCAGUUCCUGGUGAUCAAGAAUGGCCUUGAGCUCUACGCAGGACUCUGGAUCACAUGCAACCAUGAGCUGUGCUGGAGCCACACACCCAAGUCACCCUAUUACCUUCAGUUUUCCAGAGCUUUCUUCCUCAUCUCUGUCUUUGCCACACUUGUUGCCCUUGUCUGGCUCAUCAGUUCUUGCCUGUCUAGAAGAGGAAGCAUAACCACCAACUUGGAUCUGAAGGUAUCCAUACUCAGCUUCAUCUCAGCCAUCUCCUUGCUCCUCUGCCUCGUCCUAUUUCUGGCACAGGUUUACUGGCAUGCUAAGGAUGCCUUGGAGCCAGAUCUCCUCUGGACCUAUCAUAUUAAUUGGUGGAGUGACUUCUUAUACAUGUUUUCUGGGAUCAUCUCCUUCCUCAACUACAUGACUUUCAGCUUUCCUUCCCUUGAUCGAAAUGUCAGUGCGAUUCCCACAGAGAAGUCAAGGCUGGGGGUUGGUCCAGUGACUACAGUAUUACCUGAUGAAGAUGGUGGAAAGUUAAGCCCUGAAAAGGAAUCUCCAACUGAGGAAGUGAAAACAGACUCAAGAAUGGAACUGUGA